AUGGCGUCCUCAGCGGUAAAGAAAACCAUUGUCGAUGCUGCUGCUGCGUACACCAAGCCUGAGGGUAUAGUCUUCGAAUAUGGCACAGCUGGUUCCUAUCAUCGAUAUUUCUUUUUCCCACUUGUUUCGCAACACAAUGCCUCGCUAACUGAUCCUUCUGCCACAAUCAGGGAUGUCCUCAAUACGGUUGUCUUUGCCGUCGGGCUUCUAGCCAGUCUUCGCUCCAGAAAACUCAAUGGUCAAACCAUUGGUGUUAUGAUCACCGCGAGUCACAAUCCCGCUGAAGACAAUGGUAUCAAGCUUGUGGACCCAAUGGGUGAGAUGUUGGUGGCGAACUGGGAAAAAUACGCAACCAGAUUGGCAAAUGCACCCCUUGAGAAAUUAGGGGAUAUGUACAGCGACCUCAUCGAUGAGAUUGAAAUUAAGAUGGAGAACCCCGCUCGCGUGGUCUUCGCCCGCGAUACUCGCGCCUCAGGCUCGCGCCUCGUCGGCGUGCUCUCCUCCGCGCUCACUGCGACGGAGGCCGAAUUUGAAGACUUCAAAUACUUGACCACUCCCCAGCUUCAUUACAUCGUCCGCUGCAAGAAUACGCUGGGUACUCUCUAUGAAUAUGGUGAACCUACGGAGAAGGGUUACUACCAGAAACUUAGUGCAGCCUUCAAAAAAGUCAUGAGGGGACGCGCCACGUCUGGUGCAGUAGCGGUUGAUUGUGCAAAUGGCGUUGGAGGCCCUAAACUUAGAGAGCUGAUCAAGUAUUUGCCUAACGCUCAGGCAGGAGGCGUGGACAUAAAAGUCAUCAACGACAACGUGAUCAACCCGGAAAGCUUGAACUACGAGUGUGGUGCGGAUUUUGUGAAAACCAAACAGCGUGCCCCACCCUCUUGCAAAGUCUCGACUCAUGAACGCUGCGCUUCACUUGAUGGCGACGCAGAUCGUAUAGUUUUCUACUAUCUUGACACAGGCAAUAUUUUCAAGUUGCUUGAUGGGGACCGAAUCGCAACCCUUGCUGCCUCUUUCAUUGUUGAAUUAGUCAAGAAUGCUCAACUUGGAAGCAAACUUAAGAUUGGCGUUGUUCAGACCGCCUAUGCGAACGGCUCAAGUACGGAAUAUAUAGAAAAAGUUCUCAAGCUUCCCGUCAUUUGCACACCCACUGGAGUGAAGCAUCUCCACCAUGCCGCGAUGAGAUUCGAUGUGGGAGUCUACUUCGAAGCCAAUGGACAUGGAACCAUAACCUUCUCAGAGCACGCUCUCAAAACCAUUAAAUCCACAGAGCCUCGAUCUCCAGCCCAACAAUAUGCCUUGGAAAGCCUCAUUGCUCUCACGGAACUCAUAAAUCAAGCGGUUGGCGAUGCCCUGUCAGACUUGCUCCUCGUCGAAGUGAUACUCGCCCACAAAGGUUGGAGUCUCAAGGAAUGGAUAUCGACAUACACAGACCUGCCAUCCCGCCUCGUUCGAAUUGAAGUUGCUGAUCGGUCAAUAUUCAAAACUGUCGAUGCAGAACGGAAGCUUGAAUCGCCAGCAGGCUUGCAGGCUCGUAUCGAUGGCCUCCAGUCGCAGUAUAACAGGGGCCGUAGCUUUGCUCGUGCCAGUGGGACGGAGGAUGUGGUUCGAGUGUAUGCUGAGGCAGCGACGCGAUCUGAGGCUGACGAUCUGGCUACACGGGUUGCAAGCACUGUACAGGAUGCUGGAAGAGCUAGGAAUUUGCAGUAG